CAUGGCUUCCAGCACGAAAGAGGAGCCUACUCGCAAGAGGGCCAGUGACCUCGCCCGCCUCUACGCUCCUCAUAUAGCGGGAAAGGUGGUGCUGGUCACAGGUGUCUCACAGUACGGUCUGGGGUCCGCCUUCGUCAAGGCCAUAGCAGCCUCGCACCCUUCUCUUCUCGUCCUGGCCGGGCGCAAUGUAACCAAGGCUCAGGCAACGGCAGACGAAGUCGCAGGGUCCGCGGCGUCUCCGUCUACAGAAACGCGCAUUCUCCAGUUGGAUCUCUGCUCCCUCUCCGCCGUCCGGGCUGCCGCUGCCACGGUAAACGGAUGGGCCGAUGUCCCCCGCAUCGACGUCGUGGUCAACAAUGCAGGCAUUAUGGCCACCGAAUUCGCACUCUCGCCGGACGGGUACGAGAGUCAAUUCGCGACGAAUCAUCUGGGUCCGUUUCUGUUCACCAACCUCAUCAUGGACAAGAUUCUCGCCUCGUCGUCCCCUCGGAUUGUCAUGGUCAGCAGCGACGGUCAUCAGCUGUGUCCGGUCCGCUUUGCCGACUAUAAUUUCAGGGCGGGUUUUACCAUAACUCUACGGUCUACUACCGGUAAAAACGAUGGGGAGACGUACAACAAAUGGCGGGCUUACGGGCAGUCCAAGACGGCUAACAUGCUCAUGGCCAUCUCCUUGGCUGAGAAGCUGGGUCCGAAGCGCAACCUCCUAGCCUUCAGUCUGCAUCCGGGAAAUAUCACUACACAUAUUGGCGAUCACAUUAACUGGGAGGCUGAUUUUGGAACCUUGCUCCAAGUCCACCGUGACUUGGGAAAUGCCCGAGGUUGGAGGACAACCUUCCCCUUUGUUCCCCCCGACGAGGGUACAGCGACGCACGUAUACGCAUCUUUCGAUCCGGAGAUAGCAGCCCAUAAUGGCUCCUACUUGGAGGACUGCCAGCUUGCGAAUUUGUGGGACGACAGUGUCAAGCCCUGGGCUACGAGCUCAACGGAAGCUGAGAGAUUGUGGAAGCUGAGCGAGAAGCUGGUGGGCCAGGAGUUUAACUAUUGAAGUAGCAUGCCAUUUGGCAUUGAUCGUCGGUUUCAAUGGUAUUUUCUGAAAGGC